CGUCCAUAUCAGAUAGAAUUUGCGAAUUGUUUACAUUUUGAUUUAUAGUUGAUACUACUCAAGAACUAGAAAGCUGCCACCCCAACCCCUAUUCAGUUUUUAAAAUACCUUUGAAAAUUAAAUCAUUUUGUAUAUUAUAGUGGUGUUCAAUUUUUAACGAAAUAUAUAAACAUGAGUGUUUUGUGGGGUGAAAUUCCUGCAGUUCCAGAAACAGAUUCAGGAUUAGUUGCAGUAGAAAGAGAACAGUUAGUGAGACCAAGGCCCAUGGAGGUUGAGGGGCCACGACUUCACCAGCCCUCCAGUCGACAUUAUCCACCAACUAAUGAGCAUCUUCCAUCUGAACAUUUCCAGAUCGAUCCCAUCACUCUUCACACAAUUCGACUGAUCCAACAUACCAAAAAGAUGAGACAGCUUAUUAAUUCUGUACAGCAGCAGCAGCUGGAAAAUAAAAAUAGUGACAUUGAUGUAUCAUUUCCAUCAGCUCCACCGAUACCUGAAUUCACUGGUGCAGAACUUAAACACCAGAUACCAAAGCCCAUUCCAUUUUUGCCACCCGAGUUUGAAAACAAAUUUGUUCAAGGUAUUGGUGAGCCUCCUCCGAAGAUAGAUGAGGUUGCAAAUAGAAAGCUGCUUCGGAGAUCAGUUGCUGCCUUAUUUGCCCAUGCUGGUUUUGACAACUCUGGAGAAUCCCUGUUGGAGACGAUGACGGACAUUACUCAUGAGUACUUCCUACAAAUCACCAAACACUUGAGAUCAGCUGCCGACAGUGCUGCCUUGAACUCAACCUCAGGUUUCCCAGAUAUCAUUGAGCAGGUGUUCAGUGAAAUGGGGAUUGGUAGUGUGACCUGUCUACAUGAUUUCUAUCAGUCACGGGUGAUCGCUUACCAUGACAACAUGAAGCAGACGUGUCAGCAACUAGUCAGUCAGUUCGAGAAACUCAAACAGCAGAAGUCAAAGGAAUUACAACCAGACACAUUCCAUGUCAUUCGCAUUAAGGAAGAACCUUGUGCUGAAAUACAGUUCCCAGUUCUUGAUGAAAAUGAUGCAGAGCAGUUGCUACAACUUGAAGGUUUUUCUAGUUACGCAAUCACCGUGGAGCAAGAGACGGCGGAUGGUUUAACUACAGAGGUCGACUCCAAGUGGUCACAGGGUAUGAAAUCUGAGAACUCUGAAUCAAGAGUGAAGCCACUGGAAGGUUUUGACGAGGCUGGUAACCUAAAGGAGCCUGUCCCCACCCCACAGGACAGUCAGAUGGACGCUGGUGAGGAGGACCCAGGGUCAGUGCCAGUGUCUGACAUUCUCUCUCCACCUUCUAUAACAUACAGACCCAGUAACCCAAAGAAAAGGAAAAGAUAACAGAGGUAACAAAUUAUAAAGAGAGGAAAAAAAGUCCAGCAAUCUAGAAUUGAAACAAAAGCAGUGCAACAUGUGAAGAUCAUGUGAAUUUGGAGGACAUGUAUUUUCUAUAAUUGUAUAUGAAGAUACACUGGCUUGUACAUGGAGAUAUACCAUUGUUGAUAGAAGGGUGUGACAUUCAUAAAAUGUUGGCACAGCAAAAUUAGUAUUGUAGAGCUGAUACAAUACAUGUAUACAUCUACUUCAUCCAGUGACACUUGAGUCCACAGAAAGAUGGCAUACCAGCCCCAAGUUCAGCCAGCAAAUGUUUCGCUAACAUUCGCAAACUAUUUGAUUGGUUUCCGACAUGGCCAGUCUAGCGGACAUUUUUCUGCUCUCUCUGGCUGAAUGCAGCCCAGGUCUACAAAGAGCAAGGACGCUAGAUAGUCAUUAGGCCUGCAGCCAAGUCUGAGAGACGGAAACUUAAUUCACCCAAGGGCCAGUGACCUCAAAACAUGAUCAGUUCAAGGUGUGUGGCUGUCGGUCAUGUGGUGCCUGACUAUUUAAUUUGGUCUUUUUAAUGUUUGGCUUCCAAGAUGGAUCUAUAUUGUAUUAGUUGUAGCUUUUGGCUUCUAAGCUGGGACAAAGCAUCCCUAACCCUAAGAUUAUUACAUUGUUGAAAAAAGGCCUAACAUAAUACCAAUUUACCACUUCGAAGAAAUCUUUUAUCGUUGGAGUAAUAGCAUGGCAGGCCCCAAGGAAUGAUGUUGGGGGGGGGGGGGGGGGGAAUACUCUGCAGCGGAGGGGACACAGCCUCUAGUGGGGACACAAGCCAUAUUUAUAUCUUUAUUUAUACAAAAAAACCCCCAUAAAUUUUCGUCCUAUAUGCUUCUAAAUAUGUGGUCAGGUGGUCUAGUAUUUUGUAAAAGAAACUGCAGUUAUAUUUCAUGCAAAUGCUUGUACAACAUUGUAUUAUUAAGUGAAGAAAUACAAUAUUUAGUUAACAACAUCAGACUUGAUGGAUGGAACUUUAUAACUGGACUAUUAAAUGUACAGCCCAAACAUUGUUGUUAUUUAUAACCACACAUCGACAUUGUAUAUAGUGUUAGAUAUCUAAUAAAUAAAAAAAUGUCUAGA